ACAAGCACACGCCUCUUGCAUAAAUACUCAACACAGCUGAGGUGAUGAUCAGACGCACCAAACUAUAGAGCUGCGUUUUGUUCUUAGACUUAUUCGCACAGUUACUUUCGGUUUACGUGAGCGUGCUGUGCUGUUUUGAAGAGAGAAAAGAACGAGAAAAAGUAGUCCCCGGCUGUAAUUAGAUUCCCUAAUCAGCAGAAUUGACAGCAGGUGUGAAUUCAUGUCUGUAUUUUCCCCGCAGAUAUACUGCCCAGUGUUUGUGCCCGGCCGAGAUAUGACUGAGGUGAUGAUCAACAGCACCCCAAUGGAGGACAUGAGGCUCAGCCCCAGCAAGGACAGACUCUCCUUCCAGAUAUUCCCUGACCCCUCAGACUUUGAGCGUUGCUGUAAACUCAAAGAUCGUCUGCCAUCCAUCGUGGUUGAGCCGACAGAGGGAGAAGUCGAGAGCGGGGAGCUUCGCUGGCCUCCAGAGGAGUUUCUGGUCAGUGAGGAAGAAGAGGAGCAGAGUAAUGGCAACAUCCCAAACGGACAGCCAACACAGAAUCCCCAGCACUAGAGGCUGUGCUGCCGCACCCGUUCUCCAUCGUUUCCCCUUUUCUUUUCUGAUAGACUGUCCUUUUCAACACUGGUUACACCGCACCGCAGCAAACUGGCAGACACAGAUUCAGUGUCUCGAGAUGCCAUCUCGUUGCCCAUGACACCAAAGCCAUCAAUCCCACAAGAGAAGCAAUACACAAAGGCAACACACUUUGUCACACAAUCAUUUAUCAUACUGGACUGCAAAAUCAGACUUGAAAAAAACCAACAUGCAACUUCCUACCAUGCCUACCACAGUGUCUCGACCCAGAACAGAUGUCCUGUAGGACAGCGGCAGCUUAGUGCUCCAUGGACAGCUCUUACACUGCAGGGGGCUACAACUGCUCUGUACUUUACUCCAAAAUGGCUGGCGUCAUGACCCCAGAGAUUUCAUACUGACAAAACAGAACUGUUGUCGUACCCGUGGGGAUUAUAGUCUACAGUAACGCUGUCAUACCUGUGUUUAGUUUCUGGAUUGAUAUGUUAGUUAUUGUGAUUGCCACUGCUGUCCAUAGAUGUGUCUGUUUCUGAGAAGUGAAUGUUUUGUGAGGUGUCUUUUUUGAGAAGUGGGUGUUUUGUGUAAAAUGUUACUGGGAUGUUACCACCCCCCUUGACCUUAUGUCGGUCAUUCACAGUGAGAAAUAUUAAAAGGCAACCUGGAAUAAUUUUAGAGAAGUGAGUAGAAAGUGGAAGGAAAAUAAACCAGCAUGACCUGCUAUGCUUACGCGAUGCAUUCAUUGUACAAAAGCUUGUUGUGCAGCGAGGGCACUGUCACGCUAUGAUCCUCUCGUCCUCACACUGGCCUCCUGAGAGCCUUAUGACAAACAGUACUUGGAUGGCAAAGCAAAAAAUAUUACAUUGAAAACAAAAUCUGACUCAAACAGGUUUAUUUUUCAAAAGGGCAAAGCUGAGUAAGCACUGCAAAUUAUUUUUGAAAAAGCAAUUGAUGAAGCAAUGUACAGACCCAAUGAAGGAUGUGUAAAUACUUGUUCCCAGUGAGCCCGCCCUGAGGCCUUGUAGUGUGCUGAUCUUUGUUUUUACCAGGAGUUUUUGGCUUACUGUUUAGAAAAGCAAAGACCUGAGAUUCGCUCUGAGCUGUACACGCCUGAACUGAACGGCUUUGCUAGUCUUCCUUUUUGAAAACGGCCAUACUUUUGACACCAUGAAGUUCAGUUCAUGGAUAAAUCGAACUGAGGACAGAGUUCACUGAUGAGUACGUUAUGUCGGACAGUAUUAAACUUUGUUCACAAUUCGUCCUGAUGUUUGCCAUAACCUGUUGAUGGGAAAUCUGAUUUGUUCUCUGGUAGUAAUGUCUUUCUUUCUUGUCAAUUUCAGAAGCCGGUGUUCUUUUGUUCACUCUUUAAAGCCCCACUUAUUGUUUGUGGAACAAGUCUUGUCAAUUGUAGAAAAAUAUUUCACUUUUGUGUACACCAUAUGAAAUGCUGUUGUAGACGCAUGAUUGAGAGAAGUCUGUUUUUUGUAAAUUCUUUGUGUUGAGUGGCAUUAGGGCUGUGUACAGAACAUCUUUCCCCUGUCACCUACAGUUCCCACAUUGUUUUUGUAAAGCUCAGGGAGAUUAGCCGCCAUCUUUCUCUUUUGUUUUUGUAUUUAGACCACUUUUCUCUGACAAUUGCAGAGGCUGUAAAUAAACAUUUGAAUUUGCUAUCCAAC